GGGAAAAGAAACUUCAGAAUGCAGUUUAUAGUGAACUCAACGUGUUUCCUUCACCCUGUCAUCCUGCAGCACCUCCUGAGCACAUGAAAGAGCCAUUAGCUUAUAUGAGGAAAGCACAGGGAAGUUGGGAGAAGCGAAUUCUAAAAAGUCUAAAUAGCAUGUGCACAGAACUCAGUAUCCCAUUAGCACAGAAGAGGCCUGCAAGUGAACAGAAAGAGCUGCUUAAUAAAUGGAAUGAAAUGGGAACUGAUGAGCCAGAUCUAACUCUCUUCCGGCCUGUUUAUGCACCUAAAGAUUUUCUCGAGGUACUGAUGAAUCUUCGAAACCCAAAUUAUGAAAAUGGAGAACAGCCAAGUUUCAGGAAUCAUCUGGGACUAAUUCAGGUUCCUCUAAAAGUUAAAGAUAUUCCAGAAUUGAAAGAAGACUUCAGUGAGCUAGGCUUAAAUAUUGGACAGCUGGGUAUUGAUGAUUCAACACAAGUGCCUCCUGAAUUCUUUGAAAAUGAGCAUGUACGUGUUGGGCAAAAAGUUUUAGCAGAGCAAGAUAGUGCUGCGGCUCAGCAGUAUGUUCGUCAGGGGUGUCCAACCGCGCUCCGGGCUGAUCUGUGGGCUCUCAUUCUGAACAUUUCCAACCAGCCAGAGGAUAUCUUAUAUUAUGAACAGCUUAAAUCAAAUGUGAUUCAGCACAACCUUUUAGUGGACAGCCUGAUUUAUAAAGAUGUCAAGCUAACAGCAAGCAAUGAUGACUAUUAUUUUGUAUUUGAGGAUUAUUUAUAUCAGGUGUUGCUCUGCUUUUCCCGAGACACCUCUGUGCUGGAGCACUUCGCCUACAGCAGCGCCACGCCGCCUAAAUCAUACAUACGAGGAAAACUUGGAAUAGAAGAAUAUGCUGUUUUUUAUCCACCAAGUGGUGUAAUUCCUUUCCAUGGCUUUUCCAUGUAUGUGGCUCCACUUUGUUUUCUGUACCACGAACCUUCCAAGCUGUAUCAGAUGUUCCGUGAGAUGUAUGUGCGCUUCUUCUUCAGGCUCCAUUCCAUCUCUUCUCAUCCCUCUGGCAUUGUGUCCUUAUGUUUGCUGUUUGAGACUCUUCUACAAACCCAUCUGCCCCAGCUGUUCUAUCACCUUCGAGAAAUUGGGGCUCAGCCGCUACGAAUUUCAUUUAAGUGGAUGGUUCGAGCAUUUUCGGGUUAUUUAGCUACAGACCAGCUCCUGCUAUUGUGGGACAGAAUCCUAGGAUACAACUCGCUAGAAAUUCUUGCUGUCCUGGCAUCUGCAGGAAGAUAA